AUUUCAACAGCCAUUUCUAUGGAGAUUUCUCAGAAACACUCUUCUAGAGAAAGACCUGCUAGCUGUUUGGACUCAAAGCCUACCAGUGUAGUGAUUUGGCACGGUAUGGGAGAUACUUAUAAUUCAACGGGAAUGCAGAGUGUCAAAACGCUACUUGAAGACGAGAUCCCUAACGUGUUUGUUCAUUCAGUAUAUCUCGACGUUGAUGAGACCAAAGAUCAGAAGCUCUCUUUUCUAGGAGACCUUAACACUCAAAUUAGAGGCGUUUGCAAUCAGCUUAAUUCUAUUCCAGAACUGGAAAAUGGCUUUAAUGCGCUGGGGUUCUCGCAAGGUGGACUAUUUCUUCGUUCUGCAAUGGAGCUUUGUGGUUUACCAAUUAAGACACUUAUCACUUAUGGCUCGCCACAUAAUGGUGUAACUGAUCUUCCCCCUUGUCCGGAAGGUAACUGGCUUUGUGAACGGAGGAACAGCAUUCUCAAGAAGCAAAUUUACAACGAAAAGGUUCAAAGUUCUGUUGUUCAAGCUCAAUAUUUCAGAGAUGUGUACAACUUUGAGAAAUAUCUUGAAAACUCAGCAUUCCUCAAAUUUGUCAAUAACGAAUUCAUCAGAGAUACUGAGUAUGUUGACAACUUCACAAAGCUUGAAAAGCUGGUAAUGGUGAUGUUUUCGAAGGAUGACAUGUUAGUUCCAAAAGAAACAGCGUGGUUUUGUGACCUAGAUCCAGAUUCUGGUGAGAUCAUUCCUUUCAACGAAACAAGCUCUUUCCAGGACGACCUCAUUGGCAUCAGAACACUUUACGAACAAAACAAAAUAGAUUUCCUGACAAUUAGCGAUUCCCAUAUGAAAAUUGAUGAAGGCCACCUGAGAUUCAUCGCUAAUAAAUAUUUUCAUUAGACUACUCGGGUGUGACACUUGACAUCGAAGAGUCUUCUCGUUCUAAUUCGCUGAACACGCCUUCCUCGGUCAUUUCCAAAGAAUUUUCACGCCGUCUUUUAGCAUCCGUUUGAGCCUGUUCCUCACAUUUUCGCUUCUCCCUUUCAAUUAGCAUCAAUUCUACGUCUUCUUCAUCUGAGAAAUCGCUUUCAUCAAUUGAUGGCAAACAAGAUAAAGAUACCUCCGUUCCGGACCCGACUUUAUCGGUGAAAUUUGCAUAGAUAACAAUCUUCUCAUUCAAUUG